GAGCCCUUCAUAAAGCGAGCGGAGGCGGAAAGCUAUUGUGUUAUUUCGAUAACACAUAUACUAAAAUUGGAACGAUACAGAGAAGAUUAGCAUGGCCCCUGCGCAAGGAUGACACGCAAAUUCGUGAAGCGUUCCUCAUUUUUCCUGUGAAAGUGACUUUUCAUUUUCCUCCCGCUUACAUUUUUCAUUCAGCUCAGACAGCGCCCCCACGGCCGGCGGCGGUACUGCAGAACUAGCACUGAAGCUAACAGUGAACUCCAAUCAGAUGUGCGUUAAAUUGUCUCAACACUUCCGCUGCACUGGGAAACAGACUGAGAUAGAUAUAAAGCGAAGAGCUUUUCUGAACCAGAGCGGGCUGCUCUUGAAUUCGGCCUCAACAAAGUCCACCAAAACCUGAGUAAAACCCAGUCUGUCUCUGGCUUUUGUUGGUUGACUGCACAAACGUCGCUCAGUUUAAGAGAGCUCCGCUCUACAACACAAUUUUAGAAAAAAAGGCCUCCCACGAAAUGUUCCUCUCUUAAGGUCGUCUGAAUAUUUGCGUAGGGAAAAAAAGUCAGUGUGAGUUUUAUUCGUAAUGUCCUGCGUCGCUCGCAUCCGCGUCUCCGUCCGAUUCCACGGGGACUUCACAUCUUAGGUAAAACCCGGUGUUUGGUCGUUGGUUAAAUAAACGUCUGGUUUCAGGAUCCACCUUAAACCGCAGACCUUCCCUGUGAGCAGCAGAGCGGAGCUGCGGCCUGCGCACAGACCGGCUCACGGACCGGGUUUCUGACAGGUCUCUGAGCUUUCUGCGGUUCAACAUGAAUCUUUCUGAGGCUAAAUCGGAGCUGAAGCAGCUGCUGAGCAGAGUGAGUCCGCCCGAGCUCCCUAAACUCCUGGACUGGAUCAGAAGCUCAGACGAGCUGGACGACCUGCUGGUGGACAACAGGAAGGUGAUGCUACAGAGCAUCGCAGACGACCUGAGAGCCAGCCUGCCUCUGGACGCCAUGUUACCCUCUGAGACCGUCGCACACCACAAGAUGGAGCAGCGGUCGCGGCCAACGGUUCACGUGGACAAUUUCCUGUAUGAUGACGAGCAGGUGGACUCUCUGUGUGAGGAGGGAACCAUGAGCCGGACCUACUGCCUCAGCUGUGGGUCCUGCAGGACGGCACCUCUGGACUUCAUCUCUCACUCGUUCUCAGUGUCAGAGCUUCAGUUUCUGUUCCAGAACGUUCUUCCAGACCUGAGUGGUCGGAUGCUGGUGGAUGUGGGAUCCAGACUGGGAGCUGUGCUCUAUGGGGGUUACGUGUACAGCUCGGCCUCUCGCCUGCUCGGCCUGGAGCUCAGUGAGGAGUUUGUCCGGCUGCAGAACAACAUGAUCCUCAAAUACAGACUGAACGACAGAGUUCAGGUUCUCCACGCUGACGUGUGCACGCAGGACGUUCUACUGCAGAACGCUGACGUUCUGGUCAUGAACAACGUCUUUGAGUACUUCAUGGAGCCUAACGAGCAAGUCAGAGCCUGGAGGUUCAUCAUGAAGAGCUUCAUAAAGACAGGUUCCUUGUUGGUGACUGUUCCCAGUCUUCAGGAGAGUCUGAACGCUCUUCAGCAGGAGGCGCUGCAGCCCGGCUGGGUGGAGGAACUUCCUGUGGACUACGACGUUUACCUGGGCAGAGACACAGACCCUGACGCCCUCAGACAGAUCCACCUCUACAGGGUUCUCUGAACUGGUCUGGACUGGUCUCCCUUGGCCUGAACUGUCUUGAACUGGGGCUUGAGUUGUCUGCAUUGGCUUGAGCUGGACUGGACUGGACUGGACUGGACUAGUUUAAGAUGAACUAGACUGGUUUCAGCUGUUCUGAUUCCUCCGGUUUGAAAUGGUGUGAUUUCUGGUCUGGUCUGAACCAGGGUUCACAGACCUCUGCGUCUGAAACCGUCCAGUCAGAAUCCUGGUCCCGGUGCUGUCACCAUGGUAACGGUCAGGUUUGUCUUGCCCCUCUCUCCCAGACACUGACUUUGAUUAUUGAUUAUUUUAUGAAUUAAACAUGGACAGAUUCUCGUUUUUCUGUUUUUAUCGUCUGUUACUCGUUGCUGCUUUAACGUCUCAUUUCUCACCUGAGGAGCUUUUUCUUCUCUUAUUUGAUCUUUUUUGUUUUUUAUCAUGUUUCCACAAAACCACAAGAACUAUAUUUAAAUCAUCAUGAGCCACCAUUGUCCCAUGAAAACACCUAAAAAACAAGCAAAACAUACAGCAUCAGUAGUUUUUAUAUAAAGAUGUAAUAAGUGGUUUAUUGAACGUGUACAAUCAGAGCAGACAGACGCACUAACUGUUCUCUAACAGACUGUGAUCAGAUCUCAGUGUGUAUUCAUCCUGUGGACUCUCCUCAGUGGAGGCUGCUGUGUAAACACAUCACCAACAACAGUUCAGUGGAACACAGCUGGAAUUAGAGCUGCAGCUAAUGCUAGCUCGAAAUGUGUGUCUGCUUACAGCCCCGUUCCUUCCCCACAUUACUGUCAUGGUUUGGAUCUUACUCUGUAGAAACCUGGUUAUUCACAUCCCUGCACACAGGUUAGUGAUCCUCCACCUGCAGGUUCCUCGCUCCUGAACACGUCAGCCUCUCAUCUCUGAUCUGAUCCAGUUCCCUCAGACUCAGCACUCUGCUGGAUCCAGUUAAAUGUUGAUUUUCAUAACUGCCGUUGGUCAAAGUCUUUAUACAAUGUACCUGCGUGUUUCUGGUUAAUAAACA